AUGAAGUACCAUACGAAGAUCUGGUGGCAGAAGCUACCGGAGAAUCAAAUGGAAACAUUAUCUACGGUGGACACGAGGGCGAAAUUUGCGAGCAACAACGCACGACGGCUUGAAGAGAUCCCGGUGAUGACAAAUGAUGCUGAAACCGAGUGGCAGCUCUUUAAUGGGGGCCUACUUGAGGCUGCCGCCAAAUGCUCCGGAUUUAAACAGGCUGGCCUGCUACCUGGAGGUCAGAAAAGAACUUCCUUGCAGGCACGAGUGACGCAACUGGCAGCUAAAGAGAAGAAGGAUGCAUUCAAGAAAUAG